CCUUGCAAUAGAAGAAAAAGACGCAAUAAUCCUCUUUUCUAUUUAUAAUAACAAAUAUCAUUUUACAUGGAAUUUACGCGUGAUAUUUCUACCCUGGCAGCUUCAUUUCCCGCCGCGUCCUGCUGACUGAUCACACAGAUCCCGCAAGAGUCACUCGGGCCGUUCAAGACUCACUCGGUGCGCACCGCACAUCGGACAACAGCUCGCCCAGCAUCAACGACGCCAAAAAGCAUAUAGAAUUCACGCGUUACGACAGCUUACGAUUCACGACAAAAUACAUUCUUAAAAACUCAUUUGCAAUUAGAUCAAAGAUACUCACCCAGGCUUACCAUUUGCCACCACAGUCGAAGUCUGCUUCUCGUGCUCAAAUCUUCACAUUUGCCACUGCAGACUGUUUUUGCCUCGCAUAGACUCGCUUCUCAUUUCCAUAUUGCUUCUACUCAUAAAAUACCAGCACGGCAAUGUCUUGCUGACCGUUUUAAUCUACGUGAUGACCCUUCCAUACACCACACACAAUGGACGAUAGCGACGACGACCUUCGCGCCACCGAGCUGGAAACGCUUGAGGCCAUCUACCCAGAGCUUAUUCGCCUUGAUGGCCCUGGCGAGGACUCGUCAUCAUCGUCUCGAUAUGUAUUCGAGCUGCAAAUCCCCGUGGUGCCAGAAACGCCAGCCAAGAUCCUGUUUGCCCAUGCUGAAGGAACGGCCUCCAACGGCCAACAACUACAGCAACAGCAGCGGGUAGCAGAUCCGUCAGAACUAUCGCAUCUGCCAUCCAUCACUCUUCAAGUUGAACUCCCUGAAGGAUAUCCAGAGGCGGUCCCGCCAAAGGUGUCUGUCAGCACAUCCCCAGCGUGGCUUCCCUACCACAAGAUCCGAGAGCUUCAGCAGGACGGAGUAAAUCUUUGGGAAGAAAUGGGCAGAGAUCUCGUCGCAUUUGCCUACGUCGAUCAUGUUCAGCGUGCUGCGGAGGAUGCUUUCGACCUCGUCGGCACCGACGGUCUCAUAACUGUUGAUCCAGAGCACAAGCUUACAAUGCUCGACUACGACAUCGAGGCCAAGAAGGCCGCCUUUGACCGAGAGACAUUUGAAUGUGGCGUGUGUUUAGAUCCGAAAAAAGGCUCGCAGUGCCACAAGAUGAUUGACUGUGGACACAUCUUUUGCCUAGAAUGCCUGCAAGAAUUUUAUAAUACUGCCAUUACGAGCGGAGAUCUAACAGUAGUCCGCUGUCUCGAGCCCAACUGUGCCAAAGAGAGAAGUCAGGUAGCAAAACAGCCUGAGACAUCCGAAGGUUCUGCAAAGGCGCCGAAAAAAGUCAAGACAUUCAUCAGCCCUAGCGAGCUGUUAACAAUGGGUCUCUCCGAAGACGCGGUGAAACGCUUCGUCAUGCUCAAGUAUAAGACACAGCUGGAAUCGGACAAGAACACCAUCUACUGCCCACGAAGCUGGUGCAAUGGCGCUGCCCGGUCCAAGAAGCACAAGAAGCCAGCCGGGCUUGAGUUUCAGGAAGCCUCGGAUUGUGAAUCAGACGACGAAGACGGCGAGACCGCGGAUUCUGUAGAUGAAAAGGGUACAAUCAAAAAGAAGCCCGCCAAGUUUGACCCCGCGGAUCUCUUGGCGGUGUGUGAAGACUGUCAUCUUGCGUUUUGCAGUAGAUGCCUUCAAUCCUGGCACGGAGAAUUCGUCCGUUGUACGGGCAAGAAGACCAAAGAGGCUAUCAGCGCCGAAGAGCAAGCAUCGCUGGAAUACCUCAAGCUGCACACCAGUCCAUGCCCGACAUGCGGCGCUCCUGCGCAAAAGACCCACGGUUGCAAUCAUAUGUUGUGCUCGCGAUGCGAGACGCACUUUUGCUACCUGUGCUCGGCGUGGCUGGAACCUGGAAACCCUUACAAACACUACAACACCCUGGGCAACGGAAAGGUCACAUCGUGCUACAUGCGUCUCUGGGAGCUCGAAGGUGGCGAUGGAGAUGAUGUCGGGUUGGGGUAUCAGGGUGGCGAUGCAGUAGCUGGUGCUGCUGGCAACCACCCCCCGCCGAAUAUUGACCCAGACCUUGUCGCCCAAGACGUGCUGUUAGAGGCGGAUGAUGUUGCAGCCGAGCUGGGUGAGCUUCGCGCCGAAGACGAAGGCCCCAUGCCGGACGACAAUCCGGCUGAUCGCCGUCCUAGACAGAUCGGACAGGCCGGGGCGGUGGCGCGAGAAGCUCCCCUCGUCCUGCGGAUAUUCGACAACCCUGCUGCUGAUGCUGACGCACCGCCGCCUCGUCCGGAUGGGCCCGGUGGUGCCAUGCAUAAUCAGCAGCAGAAUCACCGUCAGCAUCAAGGCCAAGGUCAAGAUCCUAGGAAUAGACGAGGUGCGCAAGGACCACUACCGGUGCGCGGACUCGGAGCGCGCGGCCGUAAUCGCCUACCAAAUGCGGCGGGUGGCCGCGGUGGUAACAUCAAUAAUAGACGAGGUCGUGGUGGGCGUGGCGGCCAAGCCCAGCAGCAGCAACAGCAGCAGCAGCAGCAAAUGAAUCAACAACAAAACGCACGCGGCCAAGUACACUUGGCGAAUGUGCCCCUGGAAGGCGACGAGGCAGCAUGGGUGCGCAGGUUCGUUGAGAUGGCGCUGGCGGAUAGGGAACACUUGCACGAGGACAUUGACUUUGGUGACGACGACGACUGGGACUUUCGGUGAAUGGGAAUAAGAAAAGGCAUUGCUCUGCAUGCAUUGACCACUCUUUUGACAGGUGUCCAAGAAUAGAUGCCUGCAUGCAGCUCGGGUAUGCAGCAGCGCGCAUAUGCAAUGCUACAGACCGAAUGCGGCAGGACCACUGUGUUGGGACCACACUGUGAAUCAAACGCAGUAUGAGAAAAGACAUAUACCGCAAAUGGGGCAAAGUUUGUGAAUGCCGAGGCCUGCAGCAGCAGUAGCAGCAUCCGCGGAUCUCGUUUCCAGAACGAAUGAGAGACAGUCGUGAGCAAACGGAGAACUCAUCCGAGCGGUACGGCGUCCAUUACACCCCUUUACGCGGACGAGCGUAUGCCCAGACUGGACCUGAGGUUAUUGUUACCUAACAACAUCACGAUGUGUGUGACAAUGAAGAAUUUUCCCAAUACACAAAAGACGUCUUUUAUGGGUCUUGAGCAAGCUUCUGUCGUGGCGAAAAGGACUUGGAAGUGAGGCGGGCGAGAUGAGACAACCUGAAGCCGAGUACGACGAGUGUGUCCAUUCUUCCCACGAGCUCAGGUAGACUCAUUUCAACAUCUUGGUAUAGACAAACAGAACAAGCGAAUGGACAUGGAAGGGGUUCAUGGGACAGGAAAGCGCAAGACGAAGAGAUUUGACGGCGCACCCGUCAUGUUACGCCUGCUCGUGACUGCGUCCAUUGAUUGUGUCUCUGACGGUCAAACAAAUUUUACGAGGCGGGGUCGGAGAAUUAUGGACAAAGAAAGAAGGGUAUUCCCAAACCGUCUGGCAGGUCCCCUCAAAAAGAGUCAAUCUCUUUGGGCUGAAGGAGAGAUAGAUCCGGUUUCCUAUUUGGACCGACGCCCUGUCUGCUGUGCUGGCCCAUGAUGCCAAAAAUACGAACAGGACACCAAGGCGAAAUCAAAUCGCACGCCACUUCCUAAUUUAGGGUGUCGGCUUCCGAAUGACUGAUAUUCUAUAACAUCUCACAUUUGUUUCAUCGACCGAGACCCGCGCUUGACAACCUUUGUCCCUCCCCUGAAGACAGAUUUGGAUCAGGCGAGUGGACGGGCGUGUAGGUAAGGAUGAGUUCCUUGGAGGCCGGUGGCCGAGGUGGUUGGGGGAGACUCCAGGUGAGAGAGAGGGUCAUUCAUACCGAUGAGAUUUGACAAGGAGAGGUGUGGACCAGAAGAGGAAACAGGAGAUUCCGAAAAAGGCCACAUCAGAGAUUGAACCCCGACGGUGAAUUGGAGAAGGUUGCAAUUUCCAAAAGGAGAUAGGAUGGCGGGGGAUGGACGGUCAAGGCCAGCAAGCCAGAGAUGGGCUGGAAAAGGGAAGACUGGCGGUAGCCUUACGAUAGGCGAGCUUUACUGCUACGGUAGCAGAAGCCGAAAGGGAAGAGUAGGCAGAGCAAAACCAGAAAAGAGAGUGGUAUUUCGACGAGCAGGGCCGGAAUGGGACGAGCCGGGAGGGGACACCAGGACCAAGAUGCAAGCACUUUACGAGCAGUCCACACACCGUCGCUGUCAGAAAUCGAAAGAGAGGUGUGGGAGAGAGAAAAGCCUCUGGUUCCUUUUGCCCAGUCCAGUACAUCCAAGUGGUCUGGGGUAAGAUUGCGACGCCAUGGAUGGACCUCUGGGCGAAUCUGGGGAACCCCCUCCUCUGUCUGGCAGCUGCUCUCCGAAUCCUCAAACAGCUUCAAAACACUACACGCCACACCUAAUUUUGGAUGGCAGCCUGCCAUUGCAUCUUGAUCCUCCUUUUACUGUUGCUCCCAACACCGUCGGUGGAUGGGAUGCCCACACAUACACCCCCUCCCCUCUUCCUUCAAUUGCGUUGGUCCCUUUCAUCUCGUUGUCUCCAACAGCUCGGCGACUGAGCCGAGGUCAAAUCUGCUUUCAUAUCCACACCCUGGCGCCUUUACUUUGGGGCGGUGCGUUUCAUCCACAGUGUCGCCUCGCGAUCUCGCCGCCAACGUCGCGCUAGGACUGGAAACCUACGCCUCUCCCCUUCCUCCAAGGUGGCACCCCCCUCUCUUUGCUGUUUAGUCGUAGCUUAGCCUUGUCCUAUUUUCUCUUCUUUCUUAUUUUGCCCCAAUUUUAGAUUGGCCUUGCUCUGUUUUGGAUACAACCACUUAAUGCAAAAAGCUGCUGCACCCCUUCGCCACCAUUCUGACUGCUGCCCAAAGAGUAUCUCCACAUCAUAUAGCCUGUACGGACAUUUCAAAAUCUGGAUGGACCCUUUGCCCUGGGUCGGCCUCAUCGCGCCAACGCACCGCUACUGUUGCAUUGAGGCGAUGUCCCCAUUCCCCUUUGGGAACAAGAGUACGCCAGGAGUUUGCUGGCACAGGCUGACUGUCUGCCUCCUUGCAAGCCGACAUUGUACUGCGUUUUGACAGGUCCCAGCUCUCUGUUUCCCAUCGGCCACUUGUCUCGCAGCUAGCAAGGACGGCGAUUCAUCCAUCUGCGCUAAGCUGGCACUAAGCUAGCCUGCAUCGAACGAAACAACUUAUCCAAUGGAAACUGCCGGUUUCAUCCCGUACCGAGCCAGCGGUCCGCUAUACAAUAGCUCCGUUUCUAUUUACAUCUCUCGUGCCAAAUUGUUUUGGCAUGCUAGAACCACAGCCAGACCACAAAUAGUGAGAAUGCAUGCACAUAACGUGAUGAAGGCGGCUCUUCUCGACUCCCUGUAAAUCACCGGAGUUAACUCGCUGUUCAACGUGGUAAUUCCCUGAGGAGUGCGUGACUAACAUGGGAUGAACCCAAUGUGUGUGCCACCGUACAAGGAUUUUGCAAAUCUCCCGCAUAACACCUUGCUUCCCGCAACCUUAAAACGAAGCCGGGCAAAAUACGAAACAGAAAAAUCUUCACUGCCAGGAUCCAAAACAUGGCUCAUUCAUCGAUGCCUCGGCCAUCUCGUGCCAAAUUGAGCAAUGAGCGCGGCGGGCCCUAGUACACCGUCGCUUGACGUUCUUCCCGGGACAAGGGCUCAAAGGCCAGCCCAGGGAAUAUAGAUUUGCGCCCACUGCCGAUGCUACUCCCCAACGCCCUGUUUUUUUCUCCUCACCUUAAGCCUGUGUGGUGCGUCCAAAUGCCAGGUUGAUGAAAAGGGCAGAGCUAAGAAGGCCGCUCUCCACCUUCAACGUAGCCCUAGUGGUCUACAUCUAAUUGCUUGCAUUGGCGUUAGACCGCAUUGGGCUUACGCAUGGCCUAGUCGCGCGUAUAAGUGCAGACGUAACAAUGUAGAAACGCCGAGGCUGGCCAACUAGACCUAUGCAACACAAAACGUAUUGCAUACGCCUCUGUGCGCCUCAAUAUACUUUUGCCAGCUCGGCUAUUCGCACCCUUGGUGGAGCUAUUCAAUAUUUUGAUUUAUUGAACAGUCUGGACUGUGUCGAGUAUGAUGUGGCCCCAUUGGGCGCGGCUAAUAUCCAGAAUUGCAGGCUAGUGACCAGAAAGAGCAGGGUACACAACCUGGCGCAACUCGACGCCGUUGAGGCCGGCGAAGUCGGAAGGUUGGGCCGUCGGAGAAUUUUUUCUUCUUAAUCUUUUUCUCUUGAUUGGGGUUUCCGGUCUACCCUAUAUUCGAUAUUAUCUUUUUCCAUACCGACUGUGUAAUAGCCUAGUGAAUAGCCUCGCUGUUUUGCCACUGCUACGUUGGUUCAUAUUCGUGACUCAAUGCCGUGCCGAUAAAUUGCGCUCGCCACUGCCUUUCAAAGUGCGUGUUUGCACACCUCCGCGGCUGUUCACACUGAUUCGAAUGCGGUAUACAGCUGCUUUUUCUCCCGAAUUCAGGCGCUGAGGCUCUAGACCCCUUUCAAGCUUAAUGUUGCUCGACAUACGUCGGAGUUACCCGCAUUUGAUGUGCCCAAAUAUUACUAUUCGUGUAUGUGACCAGGUCUGGAUCAUCGAUCGACCUCAUCCGGUAUCAACCUCCUCCUCAUACAUGCCUUUUUGGGGUUCGAUGCCAAGAAAAUAGAGGCUGUCCCGACUGCAUUGAGCUAGACUCACUUUGCUGAGUUGGCAAGCGUGCCGACAAGGCACGCAGAAUCCCAUUCGGGAAUAGGCGAUUGCAACGUCAAAUGGCCAGGGUUCUCAUUAUCCGAGCCUCGACAAGGCAUGUUACAUCUGGCGCUCGCCCUGGUGGAUUGCCUCGAUAGAAGUGAUGCCCAAAAAAUUGAACCAAAGUUCACCGACAAAGGUACACCGAAAUACCAAAGUCAUUUACAGCACAAUGAUCUUUCGAAGAAGUACUGUAACUACGGAGAGGCUGUGUGCAACCCCGGCUUGCAUGCCAUGGAUGUUAGUCACCAGAUUAGCUUUGAAGCGAGAACAGGGUUCUAGGGCUAGAGGCUUGCGUCAGUAGAGGCUGGAUCGAGUCUGAGCUUUGUGCAUUGCCAUGGGCGGUGUCUGAUGGAGCUGCAUAUAUCAAACUUUAUGCAUUGACCUGGGCUAUGCAGAGCUGGUUUUGGGAGGUCCGUUACGUUUUUACCAUGCUUUGGUGUAAAAGCGAUGAACAUAAAGUAUACCCUCCCUAAGAAUAUUGUAAUCUAGCGUAGGAGCUAGCAUGCUCGCAAAUCCUCGCGAUUUGAGUAUACGCCCAGCGACCAGCUUUGGCGGCGACGCUGGUAGAUUCUCUCUAUGUACACCGCGUUAAAUGACAAUUAUGGAGAACCAGACUCUGGUAGAUAUUGGUAGUAGAAUUGAGCCCAUGCACGGCGUGUAUGACCAAGCAUGAAUAGUGUAAAUGCCCCGUUCGGGGACCUCGAGGGGGCUGUGGUGGGCAUCCCGCUGGGACGAGACGAGCCGAGAUGCCAACUUGAGCACGACGGGGUGCAAGCAAGCGCCGUCAGACAGAUAUCUCAACCAAGUUUGUAGCAAAGAGAGUUGAUGCUUAGGAGAAAGCUGGUAAGCAGAGCGCGGUUGAAAAGUACGGCAUUCCAAAUUAGAGUAGUAUCCCGAG